GCGUCCAUGAAGCGGUACACUUCAGUAGUGUGGGUGACCGUAGCGGGAGGAGGGUGGCUCCGCGCGCGGCCGCACCGCGAAACCGUGCCCAUUCGCCUCGACCACGAACGUCCACUCGUUUUCACGUCUCGUGCGAAAACAUGGCGGCCAGCGACGAUGAGCCGAUGCAUCUCUACGAGGUCUUUCAGAACUGCUUCAAUAAGAUCGCCAACAAGCAGCCUGAAAAACCAGGCUUUCAGACGCCGUACAGUUCCACGAUAGACAACGGGAUGGCGUACGGUGGUGGUGCAUUCGGUCCUACGGCGGGUGGACCGGGUGGGGGGCCGGGAGGGGGUGCCGCAACUGUGAAGAGGAAAAAGGACGGCCUGGACGGAACGGACGGGGAAGUGGGCCCGGCGCAGCAUUGGAACGACCUAAUCUGCAAUUAUAUGACGCCUGUUGUGUCCAGCCCAGCGAUAGAUUUGAGUAUAUUGAACUUUGAACCCUAA